UCUUGUUAUCAUCAAUAUGUCAUGUUGAUUCAGAAAUACAGAUGAAAGUGGUCAUUUAUCAAUGCAGGAAAGAACAAAAAUGUCAUUGGUGUGGUCCUUGCUAUUGCUAUACCUCUAGUAAUUGCAUUCGUGCUGAUCUCCAUAAUUUGCAUUUGCAUCUGGAGGAGAAGGAAGCCGGCUGUAAAGUUACCCUAUUCAAAAGAAAUUUUUGUGAAUAAUUUCAAGAUUCUGCUCUUUCAGUAGAUGGUAGUAGCCUGGAGGGAAUCACAAGUGUCGAGUCCCUAUUACUUGAUAUAUCCACACUACGAGUUGCAACAGCUAACUUCUCCGAAGAGAACAAUUAAACUUGGAGAAGGUGGCUUCGGUGCAGUUUACAAGGGACUAUUACCUGAUGGACAAGAAAUAGCAGUCAAGAGGUUAUCAACUAGUUCAUCACAAGGAUUCAGAGAGCUGAGAAAUGAGCUAGUUUUAGUUGCAAAGCUCCAGCACAGGAAUCUUGUAAGGCUUAUGGGUGUUUGCUUGGAAGAACAAGAGAAGUUGCUUGUUUAUGAAUAUGUGCCUAACAGAAGCCUGGACACCAUUCUUUUUGAUCCUGAGAAGCGCAAACGGCUAAACUGGGGAAAAAGGAACCAGAUCAUUGGCGGGAUUGCUCGAGGCCUACUGUACCUACAUGAAGAAUCUCAAUUAAAAAUUAUACAUCGGGAUUUAAAAGCCAGCAAUAUCUUAUUAGAUGCAGAUUUGAACCCAAAGAUUUCAGACUUUGGGUUGGCUAGGCUUUUUGGUGGGGACCAAAUUCAGGGCAUCACGAGCCGAGUUGUUGGAACAUUUGGGUAUAUGGCACCGGAGUAUGUCAUGCAUGGGCAGUUUUCUAUCAAGUCAGAUGUAUACAGUUUUGGUGUUCUAGUUUUAGAGAUCGUGACAGGCAGAAACAACAGUGAUUUCUCUGGUUCUGAAUAUGCUGAAGACAUAGUGAACCAUGUCUGGGAGCGGUGGGUCAAAGGAACAAUUUUGGAGAUAUUGGACCCAUCUUUAGGCACACAUUGCCCAAGGAGUGACGUGUUAAGAUGUGUUCACAUUGGCCUAUUGUGUGUCCAGGAAAAUCCAUCUGAUAGACCCAACAUGUCACAAGUUGUUGUGAUG